GGAACUUCGUCGCUGGCUGCCGCCGUCGAACUGUGUUUUUGGUUUUUAAGGCAGCAAGGCAGCCAGCCAGCCAGGCAACCAGGCAGCAGCUGCUCUACUCGCGUAGGAAGCUGCCCUCCUCUCUGCUGAAGUGGACGACCGAGAAGCGCCGAAGAAAUGACGUUAAUGUCGAGGAUUUAGCGAGUGUGUGUGUGUGUGUGUGUGUUGAACACUUGAAGCCACCUGAAACUGAGCACAACUGUUGACUUGUCACAAUGAGAAGCAGGAGCAACUCGGGCGUUAAACUGGACAACUAUGCCCGGAUGGUGCAACAAACUAUCCUGCAGCACCAAGAUCCAGUGACGGGUCUUCUGCCGGGCAGCCCUGAACAGUCUCACUCCUGGGUCAGAGACAAUGUUUAUUGCGUCCUGUCUGUGUGGGCGCUCAGUCUGGCCUACAGGAAGAACGCUGACCGGGACGAAGACAAGGCCAAGGCCUACGAACUGGAGCAGAGUGUGGUGAAGCUAAUGAGAGGCAUCCUUCAGUGCAUAAUGAGGCAGCUGGAUAAGGUGGAGAAGUUUAAGUACAGCAGAAGUACCUCCGACUCACUCCAUGCCAAGUACAACACCAAGACCUGUGCUCCGGUUGUCGGGGACGACGAGUGGGGUCACCUGCAGGUCGACGCCACCUCACUCUUCCUGCUCUUCCUCGCUCAGAUGACCGCAUCCGGUCUCCAUAUUGUCUACACCCAGGAUGAAGUGGACGUAGUUCAGAAUCUCAUGUUCUACAUUGAGGCGGCUUACAAAGUGGCUGAUUAUGGGAUGUGGGAACGAGGAGACAAAACCAACCAGGGCAUCACUGAGAUAAACGCUAGCUCUAUAGGCAUGGCCAAGGCAGCUCUGGAGGCUUUGGACGAACUCAACCUGUUCGGAGCAAAAGGAGGACCUGGAUCUGUCGUCCACGCGUUGGCUGACGACAUACAGCACUGCCAGUCCAUCCUGACCUCGAUGUUACCCAGAGCGUCCAUCUCUAAAGAGGUGGACGCCGGAGUCCUGGCGAUCAUCUCGUACCCCGCCUUCGCUGUGGAUGACAUCAGCAUCGUCAACAUGACCAAGGAGGAGAUCAUCUCUAAACUGCAGGGUCGAUACGGCUGCUGCAGGUUUCUCAGAGACGGACACAAAACACCUAAAGAGGAUCCAAACCGUCUGUAUUACGAGUCUGCAGAACUGAAGCUGUUUGAAAACAUUGAGUGCGAGUGGCCGCUGUUCUGGACCUACCUCAUCCUGGAUGGCAUCUUUAUCAACAGCCCUGAGCAGGUGCAGGAGUACCAGGAGGCUCUGGAGGGCAUCCUGAUCAAACAGAAAGACGGGAUACGACUGCUGCCAGAGCUCUACAGUGUCCCCCCAGAUAAGGUGGAGGAGGAGUAUGUGAACCCUCACUCUGUGGAGAGGGUGCCGAUGGGCAAAUGUCCUCUGAAAUGGGGACAGUCCCUGUACAUCCUUGGAAACCUUCUGGCCGAGGGAUUUCUUGCACCUGGAGAGAUCGACCCUCUAAACCGGCGUUUCUCCACCGUCCCAAAGCCGGAUGUGGUCGUACAGGUGUCAGUUCUGGCGGAGAGCGAGGAGAUCAAAGCGCUGCUGCUGAAGAACGGUAUAGAGGUGGAAACUGUCGCCGACAUCCAUCCCAUCCACGUGCAGCCCUCCAGCGUCCUCAGCCACAUCUACGCCAGACUCGGUCGUAACCCGAGGCUGGGUCUGUCGGGACGGCCCUACAGGAGAAUAGGAGUGCUGGGAACCUCCAAGUUCUACACCAUCAGAAACACCCUCUUCUCAUUCACACCUCAGUUCAUCGACCACCAGCAGUUUUACUUGGCGUUGGACAACAAAAUGAUUGUGGAGAUGUUGAGGACGGAAAUCUCCUACCUCGCAUCCAGAUGGAGGAUGACCGGACGACCCACCGUCACUUUUCCCAUUUCACAGACUAUGCUGACUGAUGAGCACACAAACCUGGACCCUGUAGUGUUGGCCACGCUAAAGAAGCUACAGGAUGGAUAUUUUGGAGGAGCAAGGAUCCAGACGGGAAAGCUGUCGGAGUUCUUGACCACUUCCUGUUUCGCUCACCUGAGCUUCCUGGACGGUAAGGGUUCUGGCAGCAUGAGCCACCGCCGCGAAGAGUAUGAUGAUGAUGAUGAUGAGAGUGACGGCGAUGGAUACGUGCAUGAGUUACGUAAUGAUGAUGAGGCUGACGACCUCGCCCAGUACUUGGACCACCUGCUGGCCCACGCUAGCCCGAAGAAGCCCAAACGGCACGUGGGAGCUCUGGGGAAGUUCAAGGCUUUGGCCACCAAAACCAAGGACAUGGUGUCUCUGAUGAACAAGGCUCAGGACCUCGACAUACAGAAUGUCAACAUGUACCUGCCGAACAAGCUGUUUCACUCUCCUCAGCCUUCCCUCAACCUGAACCUCCCAGACCCCUCCGCGCUGCAAGGAACCCAGGCUUCAGAGGCGACAGCCUCAGCAAAGGCCGUCAUCCCCACAGACGCCAGCGGAAACGUCGACCACGGCGCUUUGGUCCAGCUGUUGAAAGACACCCAGAGUCUCCAGGACCAGGGUGAUAUACUCUACAUCCUCUUCAAAGACAAGGGCAUGGACUGGGACACUCAUCUGCACGGUAAAGGCUCUACAGUGAGAUCGCUGCUCUCUGACCUGUAUGAGAAGGCAGGGGAAGUCAAACACUGGGGCCUUAUCAGGAUGAUCUCUGGCAUGCUGAAGAAGAAGGUGGAGGAGCUUGACUCGGCGUGCUCUGACUUGCUGGCGCAUCAGAAGCACCUGACGGUGGGUCUGCCUCCGGAGCCCCGAGAGAAAACCAUCACGGCUCCCAUACCUCCAGACCAGCUGGCCGCGCUCAUAGACGAGGCCAGCGAAAACAACAUCAGCGUGGCCAUUCUCACUCAGGAGAUCAUGGUGUACCUGGCUAUGAGCAUAAGGACUCAGCCCAGUCUGUUCAGCGAGAUGUUCAGGCUCCGUAUCGGUCUCAUCAUCCAGGUCAUGGCCACUGAACUGGCCCAGUCGCUCAACUGCUCAGGAGAGGAGGCUACAGAGAGUCUGAUGAGCCUCGACCCAUCAGAGCUGAAGAAUCUCCUCCACCACAUCCUCAGCGGGAAAGAGUUUGGAGUGCAGUGCAGCGUUAGAGAGCUGGAUACCGGCGUCAGUUCUGCCAUUUCCAUCCAUCAACUGGGCAACGUGGGCGCCACCAAGAGCGAGAGAGCCGGCAUCAGCAAACUGAAGAGCGACAUGAAGAUGGCGGAGCACAGGUUGUCCUUGUCGGAUCCAUUUAAGGAGCCCCGGUUGUCUCUGACAGAUCCGGCCCCGGAGAUGGACCAAAGUGUGUCUUUGACUGACUCAGUUAAGCUGGACCAGUCACUGACCUUCUCGUGCAAGAGCAUGCGAUCUCAGUCUCUGGACAUAGAAAGCUUUGAAUCUGGGCGGUACAAGAUGCAGUCCAUAGAAUCUCUGGACAUUCCCGAAUGCUUGCCGGUCGCCAAGGAUUCCAGACACGGCCAAUGGCUGCGCAGGAGGCGUCUGGACGGAGCCUUGAACCGAGUCCCUGUGGGCUUCUACCAGAAGGUCUGGAAGAUCCUGCAGAAGUGCCACGGUUUGUCCAUAGAAGGAUUUGUCCUCCCUUCUUCAACCACCAGAGAGAUGACACCAGGAGAGAUCAAAUUCUCCGUCCACGUGGAGACAGUUCUGAACCGUGUCCCUCAGCCUGAGUACCGGCAGCUGCUGGUGGAGGCCAUCCUGGUGCUCACCAUGCUGGCCGAUGUGGAGAUCCCGAGCAUCGGCUCCAUCAUCCACGUGGAGAAGAUCGUCCACAUGGCCAACGACAUGUUCUACAAGGAUCAGAGAGACCUGGGAGCGGAGGAGCACUUCCUGGAGCGGGACCCGUCCACCGGAGUGUGCAGGCUGCUGUACGACAGCGCCCCGAGUGGCCGCUUUGGGAGCAUGACCUACCUCACCAAGGCCGUGGCGGCGUACGUGCAGGACUUCCUGCCCAGCGGGGCGUGUGCGGUGCAGUGAGAGCACGAGCCACGAAACCAGAGCAGGGGUAAAACCGCUAAAAAAAGCUAAAACAUGCAACAGUUUUCACAUUAAAGUAACAAUAAAAUAACGGUACAUAAAUAUGUACAUUUCACUAUGUGUGUUAGUGCAGAGUGUAACAGAAAGACGCAUGUUACAGUAUGUUUUAUUUAUAGGCUUAAUGUGAAGAUCUUAUGAUGAUCUGUGAUGUGUUUUUAGAUAAAAAACUUUGUGUUGAAGGGGCAUCGACACCGGUUUAGUCCCUGGUGUUUCGGCGUCCUUGUCCCCAUGGCAACCCACUCUUUGUCUGUGCAAAGGUCACAGGUAUAUCAUUUUAUUUGGGGAAAAGGGGGUUCAGAAAUUUCUUAAAACACUGCAGGCACUAUGGCAUUAAUACACAUGUGUUGUAGUGAGUAUUUACAGCAGCAGAACAGGUAACUCAAAAUGAACUACAAGGCCCAUGUUCAUUUUUUAAAUAGUUUUUGAACAACAUCGGAGCUCUAUAGACCAAUUUGGAGUGGACGUUGAAGUUACGUAAUUGCAAUUGCAUUGCAUGUGCAUUAUGAUGGCAUAAAAACAGCCCAAACCACGGUAAAUAUACUGUUUAUCACAGUACAUCCAUGGUUUUUUAGGGACGACUUUCUUAUAAUACAUCUGCGGGGAUAGCUGGCAAGUUUCUUAGCUAGCGUGAGUUUUUUCCACCAUGUUUUAAUGCUACGUUGGUUACAGAAAAUGAGCCAAACAGCCGACUGGUGAACAGCAGCGGUGCUAGUUCAGCCCUAACGUUAGCUUAUCCGUCUUCGGAUAUAGAUAUAGAAUACCACCAGACUUCUCCUUAUAUUGGCAAAGGUCAACUUCCAUCCACUACUCAUGGAGGUCUGAAUUAAGAAUUUCUUUUGAGAAGACAGUUGAUUGUAUUCAUUUUAUCAGUGGAAAUCAAUGUGAUAUGACCCUCAUAACGUAUGUUGGUUUUUUGUUAUUUUACAGCAGAGUAAUCACUGAUUUAUAUGAACUUUCAGUCCCAAUACACAGUUUUCACACGUUUUUACCGUAUGUUAUAAUUUAUCAGCUCACCAAUAACUUUGGAUACAUAAAAUAACAAACCAUCAGCGACUUUACCUGUAAAUUUAACAAAAUCUCAUCUAAUCAAAUGUGUUACCUUACCUCAUUAUUACCUAAAACUCAUGUCACUUCCAAUCCUACAUGCUGUAUGAUGUACAAAAUAAUGACAAAUACUUAGAGAUUAUCUACAGACUAUUUAUUUAUAGUUUCUAAAUAAUAAUUAAAGAAAGUUAAAAAUAGAGGUGUCUUAAAGAGGACUGUUUGGGAGAUUUCUUGAAUGCCUUAACAUUGACACGAUUGUAAAAGUAUGUGUGUGAUUGAAACAACACGAGUGCUGUUUUAUUUUUAAAUGUGAAAAAAAGAAGCAAAUUAAGAUAUUAUGUAGUAAGUAAAACAACCAUGUUUUUUAACAGAUAAAAUAACUUUUAUCUUCAAGUGUUUUCAGCAUGCCGUGUACUUGGUUUGAAUGCUGUGAUUCCGAAGUCAGUUUAGUAAGUGCAGUUCAGGUUUCUGUCCUCAUAAGAACGGAACGGCCUUAAUUUACUUUAAUCUGCAAAACUGUGAUUUUGUUGUUGGUUAUUCGCAGCAAAACUUAGACGUUUACUCAUAUUUUACAUGUUCCCUUUAAGUGUGUGCUGCACAACAGUUUGAAGGAUAGUGUCUAGUGUAUUUUAAGAAUAAUGCCUCUUGGUUAAUGUACAAUAACCGACUGAUCGAUCAGUUAUUUUGUGAUAUCAGAAGAUAUGAGCGCCACACUCCAUGUGAAAACAAGCAAUCAUGUCGCAAUGUGUGAGGAACUUCUCUACAUAACAACAAACCCUGAACAGAAAGGAAGCAUUGGUUUCUGUGUUACUGUAUAACCGUGUCUGCUGAGCAACGAAUGGAUGUUUUUCUUGUUUAGUUGUCUAGUAAUUCUGUAAUAAAAGUGAGAAAACA